AUGGCGGCCGCCAGCAAGAAAGUGUCUCGUCACAUUCCCAACAUUCAUCAAUCUCACAGAAGAUCCGACAGACACUCAGAAAAAUCCCAUAAUAUCUUCUGCAAAGAUAAGUUCUACACAACAUCAACGGUUCGCCACUAUCCCAACACAGUCAUCAUCAUGAAUCCAUUUCUGAAUAUGCUCGACGACCUUCAAAUCGGAGUUCAAGCCUUGACCAAGGACUUGAAGUCGCGGGAUUUGGAUCAAGUCACUGAGCUUGUCGAUCUACUCAUGAAAGACAUGAAAAGUAUCGCAUCUGCAUUGAAGGACACCAAUACCGAGGAGCUCAACGACCCAAACCUUCUCCGGGAGCACCAAAAGCUCCUUCAGCUGACAGAGUUUGACGCUAAACUUGCUUACUCAGAGAUGGACCGCGACGAGGCAUUUAAAUAUCCUUGGAUGACUACAAACAACUGCGAAGACCGUUUCAAGACACUUGAACUCUCUAUUCAGCAUUUUGCCGACCACGCGGUUGAUGCUGGACCCAGCAUGCGCACCUGCACCCCGCCGUUCACAAAGCUUGUUGUAAUGCUUAGGGGUAUUGUGAUGGAAUAUCUCAAGUUUCGCCACCGUCGCAUCGUUAUGCAACUAGAUCAGGCGGUCGAAAUCAAGACGGAGGAGGGUCUAGACACGCAGGACCUAGACAAGGAUGAGGUGCUGAGCUACAAAGAGCAAUGGACUGACGCGCUGGUGCCGGAAUGGGAGAGCGGUGCUAUCCAGGUCAUCACGAUCGAACCCAAGAACCUGCUCAACUCUUCGUGGAAGGCCAACCAACUGUACGACGAGGAGAGUGGGCGUUCUAAUCAUCCUCUUCUUCAGUGGUGCAAGCUUGAUUUGAUGGAUCGUGAAGAGGGUGUUUUACAUUGGAGUCUUGGAGGUGUUGUUGCAUGGAGAUUCUAUGGGGAGAACGAGUGGAUGGAUCGCUCUGGCCAUGUCAUUGAUGAAACUGAGUACUAA